GAUGGUGUUGACAGCGAGAGGAAGCAGGCGGCUUCUUUUACACUUUUAAAUAGAUGUCAGGACCCAAUGAAAUUCAUUGAUUCGGGUCGAAGUCAGAUUUCUCCGCAACAAUACCGUUUGUGGAGAAAGAGGGCGCCGCCAGUCUGAGGACGACGUUAAUGUUAAUGAUGGAAUUCCCAGUUGCUGCUAGAUGGAGAAACCGAAAGGGUGGACUCGUUAUAAAUAAUUAAACAAAAAAGAAAAAGAAGCCCAAUCUGCUGCUAAAAUAAAAGGAAAAUGCAUCUGCACCAGGUGCUGACGGGAGCUGUGAACCCUGGAGACUGCUGCUACUCUGUGGGGAGCGUGAAUGAUAUUCCGUUCACGGCCUAUGGCUCAGGAUGCGAUGUAGUGAUCUUGGCUAGUGACUUUGAAUGUGUUCAGAUUAUCCCGGGAGCUCAGAAUGGAAACAUACAGGUGGGCUGUGUGGAGUGCUCCCACCAGCUUGGCAGGAUUGCUGCAUCCUACGGAAACACAGUCUGCAUCUUUGAACCUCUUUCUAUCAACCCAAAUAAACGCCACAAGCAGCUUAACUAUCAGUGGCAAAAGACAGGGCAGUUCUUCCUUGAUGCCAUCACCUACAACCUGGCCUGGGACCCACAAGGGAACCGUAUCCUAGCAGCAACUGAGCGGCUGCAGCUGUGGGCACCUCCACCGACGGAUGCCCUAAUAGAGGAGGAGGAUGGGCAGAUGAUUGAGGACAAGCCCCACCCUGUCCUCAGUGACUGGAACUGUGUGUGGCAGUGCAAGACCGCUGCAUCUGUCCACACUGCAAAGUGGUCUCCCGAUGGGGAGUAUUUUGCAACAAUUGGGAAGGAUGACUGUUUACUAAAGGUGUGGUAUCCCACCACUGGCUGGCGAUCCGCAGUCGUGGUCCAGGACCCGUCUGAUAAAAAGCCGCCUCCUGUUCACUUCUCCUUUGUUUACUUGGCCCAUCCUCGCUCGGUCACUGGUGUGUCCUGGAGGAAGACCAGCAAGUAUAUGCCCAAGGGCUCAGUGUGCAAUGUGCUGCUGACAUCUUGUGAAGAUGGAGUGUGUAGGUUAUGGUCAGAGACUCUGUUACCUGAAGACAGUCUGCUUGGUGGACAGAUCACUGAGAACACACAAUCCUUCAGCUCCAGCCUGCCAGGCCUGGCAGGCAAUAAGGACAAGAUCCAGCAUGCUUUGGAGUCAAUCCAUCACUUAAAACAUCUGCGCCGGGGCCGGCGACGGUCUUCUGCUCUAGUGGCACACAGCGAGCUGCUGCCCUCUCAGCUUGGCACACAGGAUGCACACACUCACCGCCACAUCGCUCAUCAUGCCAAUGCCCUGUGUCACUUCCAUAUCUCAGCCAGUAUUAAUCCCAACACAGAUAUCCCAUCAGUGCUAGCUGACUCUGCAGUGUUCAACCCAGAUGAUGGUACAGGUGGUGGAGGCUUUGUGGUUCACUGGCUCAAUAAUAAGGAUCUCAGCUUCACUUCAUCCAUGGACCUUUUUAUGCUGCAGCUCCGUAAAUUUUCUGAACAACAGCUGGACCAGACUACUGAGGACCCAUUGGACCCUGAAGGAUCCCCAAUGAAGUUUGACUUUGACCUGGAUGAGAUGUCUGACAAGGCGUCCUCAGAUCAUGGAGAAGAGGUUGAGUCAGGGGAGCAGGGAAGCACCAAGGCGUCCUCCCCAGGAUCCAGCUCUAGCAUGCCUCUGCCGUCCAUGCUGCUAGAGAGGAAGAUGGAAACUCUGACCACAGAGUGGAACAAGAGUCCAGACAUGCUGUUCACCAUCCAUCCACUGGAUGGAUCUUUCCUGGUUUGGCAUGUGAAAUAUUUGGACGAAUUCAACCAGGGAAUCUUCAGACAGGUUCAGGUGUCUUUCUCCUCCCGUAUUCCAGUAGCGUUUCCUACAGGGGAUGCCAACUCACUGAGUAAAAACAUCCUCAUGUACGCCUACACUUUGACUGAGGGUGUAAAUGCUGGGCUGGGCGAGCAAGGGAGAAUGGUCCAGGAUGUGUCCCACUCUGCUUCACCCUCAGCUGGUCUGGGUUCACCUGCCGUGACCUCCUCUCCCAACCCUCACCCUGGCAUUAGUCCAGCUGUAAUGAUGGUCUCCAAGCAUGUUGAUGGAUCUCUUAAUCAGUGGGCUGUGACAUUUGCAGAGCGCUCUGCCUUCUCCAAUGUACUGACAGUAUCUCAUAAGUUCCGGUACUGCGGCCAUCGUUUUCAUCUGAAUGACCAAGCUUGUCACACAGUGCUGCCACUGCUGCUGACUUCUUCUCACCACAAUGCCCUGCUCACCCCUCCCUCAGCCCCUGGAAGCCUGGAAGGAGAGCAGCCUCCUACCUUUUCCUUACCAAAGCGUCUUCCCAGGAAGCAGCUUCGUAAUGCAGCUACAAGGACCUUUCAUGACCCCAACGCCAUCUACAGUGAGCUGAUUUUGUGGCGAGUGGACCACAUUGGACCGCUGUCCUGCACUGGAGGCGUCUCAGAAUUGGCCCGCAUCAACUCUCUGCACACAUCUGCCUUCAGCAAUGUUGCUUGGCUACCGACGCUAGUACCCAGCACUGUACUUGGAACUUACUGUAACAGUGCCAGUGCCUGCUUCGUGGCAUCAGAUGGUAAAAACCUGCGUCUCUAUCAAGCUGUUGUGGAUGCCAGGAAACUGUUGGAUGAGCUGUCAGAUCCUGAAACAUCUAAACUGGUGGGCGAAGUGUUCAACAUCGUCAGCCAGCAGUCCACUGCCAGACCCGGAUGUAUCAUAGAGUUGGACGCUAUUACGAACCAGUGUGGAGCCAACACUCAGCUGCUGCACGUCUUCCAAGAGGACUUCAUUCUAGGUUACAAGCCCCAGAAAGAACCAGAAGCAAACACACCGGCCUUUCCUCAUGGGGGAGAUUACCAGCCUCCUCCCUUCUCGGAGAAGUUCUUCCUGGUGGUGAUAGAAAAGGACCUCAACAGGAACUCUGUCCUGCAGAUGUGGCACCUACACCUUAAAUCUGUGCAGGCCUGUGUGGAUGAGCCAAGCCCAGAUUACAGCUUCCAGAGCCAGCUAAUGGUUCCCAAUCAAGUUGUGAAUGCUGACUCAUCUCCAGAGACGUCUCCUGUCAGACCCCUGCCACGGUCGGCUUCAACGGCCAACUUGCAAUCUGCCAGCAAACUCAUCCUCAGCUCAAAGCUGGUGUACAGCAAACGCCUCGACCUUCCUCACGGGGUGGAGGUUACCAGGGCGACCCCCUCUGCAGGCCAUCUGAGUUCCUCCUCCAUCUACCCCGUGUGCCUGGCUCCAUACCUGAUUGUUACUACCUGCUCUGAUUCCCGUGUGCGGUUCUGGCGCUGUGCUGUGGAGGGUGAUAAUGGGAAUGGUGUGGAUGGCGAGGACAGCCGGGUGUACCGCUGGGAGCCCUGGGCCUUGAUGAACGAGGAGGAGGACAACAACAGUGCUGUGUGUGUGUCAGGCCGGCCCGUAGCUGUGUCCUGCUCCUACAUCGGCAGGCUGGCUGUGGCUUUUAAACAGCCACGACACGGACAGUGCCUAAGUUCCAGAGAAGACUUCUCUAUGUAUGUGUCCAUCUAUGAGUGUGAGUCUACUGGUGGCUCAGAGUGGGUUUUAGAGCAAACUGUUAACCUGGAUGACUUUGCCAGACCCUCAUCCACCCUGGAUCCAAGAGUCAGUGUGGACUCAAACCUCUUCGUCUACAGCAGGACUGACUUGUACAUGAGCAGAGACCAUAGCUCACCCAACAUUAAGCACUACGUGCACCUGGACUGGCUGUCAAAGGAAGAUGGAUCGCACAUCCUGACUGUGGGAGUGGGCUCUAACAUUCUUAUGUAUGGCCGUAUCUCUGGUGUGGUCAAUGAGCAGACUAGCAGCAAGGAGGGAGUGGCUGUUAUCACCCUUCCUCUGGGGGGAAGUAUCAAACAGGGGAUCCGCUCACGCUGGAUCUUGCUUCGGACCAUUGACCUCCUUUCAUCUGUGGACGGCACACCAUCACUGCCGGUCUCCCUGUCCUGGGUGAGGGAUGGCAUCCUGGUGGUGGGUAUGGACUGUGAAAUGCAUGUUUAUGCCCAGUGGCAUCAGGACAAGAAGCCCGGUGAGGGAGAAGAGGGCAACCUGUCAUCAGCAGACAUAGCUGGAGGUCAAACCACAGCGCCCUCUUCAGUCUUUGAAGGGAGAGCCAGGUCAAAGAGUGUGUUUGAAGGGAAUACCGCAGUGGAUGAGGCCCUUCGUGCCCCAGCAGGACUUCAAGAAGGGGGACUCUUCGAGGCAGCUCACUCUCUGUCCCCAACUCUGCCCCAGUACCAUCCCACCCAGCUGCUGGAACUCAUGGACCUGGGCAGAGUUCGGCGUGCUAAGGCCAUCCUCGCCCACCUGGUAAAAUGUAUUGCUGGGGAAGUCGCUGUGGUGAGGGAUGUGGAGGCAGGUGAGGGUGGAGCCAGGAGACACCUGUCUCGGACAAUCAGUGUGACUGGCAGCACGGCAAAAGACACCAUAGUGUCGGGCCGUGACGGAGGCAGGGACUACACAGAGAUCAACUCCAUCCCUCCCUUGCCUCUGUACUCCCUCAUGCUGGCUGACCAUGACACCUCAUACAAGGGACCAGAGGAGACUGCUAAGGGAACUAAGGGGACUGAUGGUGAGGCAGCCCAGAAGUCCACAGAGGACCAGUAUGCUGACCUCUUCCAGCUGCCAGCAGUUACCACGGAUGACUUUGUAAACUUUGCCACAGAUAAACCAGAGAAGAAAUCCAGAGUUAUCAACCUCUCUCAAUAUGGUCCGACCUAUUUUGGACCAGAACACGCUCAGGUGCUGUCCAGUCACCUCAUGCACUCCAGCCUUCCAGGACUCACACGGCUAGAGCAGAUGUUCUUGGUGGCCUUGGCAGAUACUGUUGCAACCACCAGUGCUGAGGUCGCAAGCUCCACUGAACAGCAAUACUCAGGUGGCGAGGCUCUUGAUGAGUGUGGACUGAGGUACCUGCUCGCCAUGCGUCUUCAUACCUGCCUGCUCACCUCUCUGCCCCCGCUCUACCGCAUGCAGCUGCUCCACCAGGGCCUUUCAACAUGCCACUUUGCAUGGGCGUUCCACUCAGAGGCAGAGGAAGAGAUGCUGAACAUGAUCCCAGCUAUGCAGAGAGGCGACCCACAGUGGUCUGAGCUCAGAGCCGUUGGUGUGGGCUGGUGGAUAAGAAACAUCAACACUCUGAGGAAAAUGGUGGAGAAGUUAGGAAAAGCUGCGUUCCAGAGGCACAAUGAUCCUUUAGAUGCUGCUCUGUUCUACUUGGCCAUGAAGAAAAAGGCUGUGCUGUGGGGACUCUUCAGGUCUCAGCAUGAUGAGAAGAUGACUCAGUUCUUCAAAAACAACUUCAGUGAAGACCGCUGGCGAAAGGCAGCUCUCAAAAAUGCUUUCUCCCUACUGGGAAAGCAGCGCUUUGAACAGUCGGCUGCCUUCUUCCUAUUGGCUGGUUCCCUCAAAGACGCCAUAGAGGUGUUGAUGGAGAAGAUGGAGGAUCUCCAGUUAGCUAUGAUAGUAGCGAGGCUGUAUGAGGCUGAUUUUGAGAAUUCAUCCACCUGCCAAGGCCUCCUUUAUGAGAAGGUCUUGGGCUGCAACAGGGACGGGAGUGGUUACCACGGUUCCAGGUUGCACCCCGAUCCAUUCCUCCGCAGCAUAGCCUACUGGAUCAUGAAGAACUACACACGAGCCUUGGACACACUAUUGGAGCGAAUCCCAAAAGAGGAUGAUGAGAACCCUGACGUGAUGGUAAAGGCUUGCAACCCUGUGGUGUUUAGCUUCUAUAACUACUUAAGGACGCACCCUUUGAUCAUUCGUCGCCACUUUGCAAAUCCAGCGGGCACAGCAACAACUGUAGGCCUCACUGCUGAAAAGAGCAGCGCAGACGAGAUCAACCUUAUAGAGCGCAAACUGUUUUUCACUACUGCCAAUGCACACUUCAAGGUGGGCUGCCCAGUUUUAGCUCUGGAAGUGCUCUCCAAGAUCCCCAAAGUCUGCAAGAAGUCUGUCUCCUCGCCUCUCAGCAAAGCUUCAUCCAAAGCCAAUUUAAACACAAGCCAACCCUUGGAAAAUGGCACACAUGGAGGUUUAGACUGGGGCUCCCCAGCAGUACCUACACAGGCCUGGGGAGGAAAUGAUGGUGCUGGUGGGUUGGACUGGAGCCAGCCUAUGAAGAAGGUGGAGGAAGAUGAGCUGAAGCUGGACUGGGGCGAUGACAAGGAUGAGGAGGAGGAGGAGGAUGAGGAUGAUGAUGAUGAUGAUGGUCUAACCAUGAAGAAACCAGAGCUUGAGACCAAAGCAGAGGAAGGCUCAGAAAAAGGCGGCUCCAAACUGCAAAGAGAGGACUCACAGGGUGAGUCGGAGGUGGACGUGAUAGCAGAGCAGCUGAAGUUCCGCGCCUGUCUGAAGAUCCUCAUGACAGAGUUGCGUACGCUGGCGACAGGCUUUGAGGUGGAUGGAGGGAAGCUCCGCUUUCAGCUCUACAACUGGCUGGAAAAGGAGAUAGCAGCCAUGCAUAAAAUCUGCAACUACAAGGUGGAAGGAAAGGAGGAAGAGUCAGAGGUGGAGCGCUGGGGAGAGCGUUCAACAUCAGUGGACAUAUCAGAUGACGCAUUGGAGCGUACAGAUGCCGGAGCCUAUGAGCGUCAUCAGAUGGAGCGCCGGCGGCUUCAGGCCAAACAGCAGCACUCUGAGAGGCGCAAGGCAUGGCUGAGGAAGAACCAGGCCCUGCUCAGAGUGUUUCUGUCCUACUGCAGCCUUCAUGGAGCCAAGGGAGGGGGAGUCACCUCUGUUCGUAUGGAGCUUCUGUUCCUCCUGCAGGAGAGCCAGCAGGAGACCACAGUGAAGCAGCUGCAGUCCCCUCUGCCUCUGCCUACUACACUGCCUCUGCUAUCAGCUUACAUCGCCCCCACCAAGACAGUCAUAGCCAACCCUGUUCUCCAUCUCGGCAACCACAUACACGACAUCCUCCACACGAUCACACUCAUGGAGGCCCCACCACAUCCGGACAUCAUGGACGAUCGGGUGAAUGCUCUGCACACACUAGCAGCUUCUCUGUCUGCUUGCAUCUAUCAAGCACUGUGUGAUAGCCACAGCUACAGCAGUCAAACAGAGGCCAACCAGUUCACAGGGAUGGUUUACCAGGGCCUUCUGCUCAGUGAGAGGAAACGACUCCGUACAGAAAGCAUUGAAGAACAUAUUACACCCAACUCUGCUCCUGCACAGUGGCCAGGUGUGUCGUCCCUGAUUUCUCUGUUGACGUCUGCAAGGGAUGAAGACCAGCCAAAGCUCAGUGUGCUCUUGUGUGAAGCUGUCGUGGCUGUUUAUCUUUCACUGCUAAUCCAUGGCCUGGGCACUCACAGCAGCAAUGAACUCUUCCGCCUGGCAGCACAUCCCCUCAAUAACCGCAUGUGGGCCGCAGUCUUCGGAGGAGGGGCCAAAGUCAUCAUUAAGCCAAAGAGGCCUGAUGCUCCACCAGUGGCUCCCCCUCAGCCCCCAGCAGAGGACGUGGACCGAUACAGACGUAGAUUCAACAUGAGGAUGCUGGUUCCUGGACGCCCUGUAAAGGAGACGCCUGCCACACCACCUCCUGUUCCUGCUGAGAGACCCGCCUACAGGGAGAAGUUCAUUCCCCCAGAGCUGAGCAUGUGGGACUAUUUUGUGGCCAAACCUUUCCUGCCGCUCUCAGACAGCAAUGCGCUGUAUGACUCAGAUGAAAGCGGCGCUGAGGAUGACGAAGAUGAUGAUGACGCCUUUCUUUCUGACACACAGAUGACCGAGCACUCUGACCCCAACUCUUACAGCUGGGUUCUGAUCCGCCUGGUCAUGGUGAAACUGGCUUAUCACAAUGUCAAGAACUUCAUCCCUCUUACUGGCCUAGACUUCACAGAGCUGCCAGUCACGUCCCCCCUUAGCAAUGCUGUCUUGAAGACUUUAGAGAACUGGGAACAGCUUCUGUUGGAGCGAAUGAAUAAGUUUGAUGGCCCGCCUCCCAACUACAUCAACACUUACCCUACUGACCUCAGCACAGGAGGUGGCCCUGCAAUACUGCGACACAAGGCUAUGCUGGAGCCAGACAACACACCCUUCAAGACAAAGAACCAUCAGUCCUUUCCAGCCCGACGUCUGUGGCAUUUCCUGGUCAAACAGGAAGUUCUUCAGGAGACGUUGAUCCGCUACAUCUUCACAAAGAAAAGGAAGCAGAGCGAGUCUGUAGAGAACCAUACGGACCGUAUAAGCCCACACUGCAAAGCAGGAGCUAGCAGUUCCCGUAAGGUGGAGGCUGAUCUGGGCUACCCAGGAGGAAAGGCUAAAAUCAUCCACAAGGAGUCUGAUAUAAUUAUGGCAUUUGCCAUCAAUAAGGCUAACUCUAAUGAAAUAGUGUUGGCUUCCACUCAUGAUGUCCAAGAGGUGGAUGUGUCUACUCUGGUGGCUGUCCAGCCCUACACCUGGAUUGGGGAUGACUUUGAUAAGGAGUCCCGCAGCUCUGACGACGUAGACCAUCGUUCUUCGCACACCAAUAUUGCCCAGGCUAGCUCUGUCCCCUUUGCACCACCGCAGAUGCCGGUCUCUGCAUCCAUGCCAUGGCUUGGGAGUGGUCAGACCAGUAUGGGAGCCAGUGUGAUUAUGAAGAGGAAUCUCAACAAUGUCAAGAGAAUGACAUCCCAUCCCAUAUAUCAGUACUACAUGACUGGGGCUCAGGAUGGUAGCGUGAGAAUGUUUGAAUGGAACAGACCUCAGCAGCUCAUUUGCUUCAGACAAGCAGGCAACGCUCGAGUCACCCGGCUUUAUUUCAACUCCCAGGGCAAUAAGUGUGGAGUUGCUGAUGGAGAGGGCUUCCUCAGUCUCUGGCAGGUUAACCAGACAUCCUCCAACCCCAAACCCUACCUGAGUUGGCAGUGCCACACUAAGACCUGCGGUGAUUUCGCUUUCAUCACGUCCUCCAGUCUCAUCGCCACAGCCGGACAGUCUAAUGAUAAUAGAAAUGUUUGCCUUUGGGACACUCUGGUUUCACCUAGCAAUACUAUGGUCCAUGCUUUUCCCUGCCAUGAGAACGGGGCCACUGUGCUUCAGUAUGCUCCGAAACAGCAGCUGCUGAUCACUGGAGGCAGAAAGGGCUUUGUGUGUGUGUUUGACAUCCGCCAGCGGCAGCUGCUCCACACUUUCCAGGCCCAUGACUCAGCCAUCAAGGCCCUCGCAUUGGAUCCCUUUGAGGACUUCUUCGUCACUGGCUCUGCAGAGGGCAACAUGAAGGUUUGGAAGCUAGCUGGCCACGGGCUCAUGCACGCUUUUAGCAAUGAGCAUGCCAAGCAGUCCAUUUUCCGCAACAUUGGUGCCGGGGUCAUGAAGGUGGAGACGCUACCUGGCAACCGAAUUUUCACCUGUGGAGCAGACGGCACUCUAAAGAUGAGGGUCCUCCCCGACCGCUACAAUAUCCCCAGCAGCUUAGUUGACGCCCUGUAAUGCCUUUUUCAAUUCUGAGGGUCCAAAGAAAGAGAGACAGAAAGGGGGGGAAAAACACUCUUAAUAGUCUCACUGAUGGGGGAAGAGUAAGUCAAAAGAUUACCACGCUUUUGGCAUCUUUCAGCAUGAACGAUGUUCAUGAGUUUACUGUUGAUCAUGACAUACUGUAACAGAGCUGCAAACCUUUUUGUUCUUUUUCCCCAAAGGCUGAAAACAAAGUUACAAGCAAACGGUAUCGUACUUGAUUUUAAAACUAGUUUUAUUGUAAUUUUAUCAAAGAAUCUCUACUCUUAGAGUGUGUCCAUAGGGAAGCUAUGCAUGUCCUGUUCUCGUUAUGCGGUGCAAUCACAGGUCUAUUGAUAGUGCUCUGUAAAAGUGCUAAAGCAGAAAUUUUAAAAGUGUGUAACUGUCGUCAUUUUGUGCCCACAGCUGAAAUCUCUUAGCAUCUACUGUAACCAGCACUGUGGUUUGUUAUUAAGUCAGUGGUUUCCAGUGUGAAUCGAGUUGUUGGAAUCUGCAU